UUAACUGUAGCACAACAGUCCCUAGCUCUGCACUUGGGCCUUGCCUGGAAGGGGAAUGCUCCUCCAUUGAACAGCCAUCCCAUUCCCUGUAGUAACUUGGGUUUCAAUGAGGUCAGUGGUUAGGAAAGGCACCCAGAAGUCCGGGCCCCUGCCGUUGCACCGGCAUAUUGAGGCAUCCAAUAUUAGAAAACUAAAUCUGGCUAAGAAUCAGAAAUUCCCCAAUCAGUCACACGUUGCACAUUAUUCAUAGCCCUGUCAAUGUUCAUGCGAAAGUGGCAUCUGGUGCCCACAUGGAGAACCCCCCAGUGAGCAGAUUAGUGAUAAACUUUCCACAAGCUCCUUUAUAAAUUCAGCAGGGCUGAACUUGCCUUUCUAACAGCCAGAAGAGAACCAGGAGAAUGUGGAUUGUGCUGGCAUGGCUUGCAGUGGCAGCUGCUGCCCCCCAGGGAGCAGACAGGAUAGUCGGGGGAUAUGAGUGCAGCCCCCAUUCGCAGCCCUGGCAGGUCUCCCUUAAUGUCGGAUACCAUUUCUGCGGCGGAUCGCUCAUCACAGACCAGUGGGUGGUGUCGGCUGCCCACUGCUGGUACUACCCCAACUCCAUGCAUGUGAUCCUGGGAGACCACAACCUCUACAUCUUCGAACACACCGAGCACCUGAUGAGCAUCGAGACCAUCGUGUGGCAUCCCAGCUACGACUACCAGACCAUGGACCACGACAUCAUGCUCAUCAAGCUGGCCCACCCUGUCCAGCCUGACACCAACGUCAAGCCCAUUCCCCUGCCGACUGCCUGCCCGGCUGCUGGCGCCUCCUGCGUGGUGUCGGGCUGGGGCAAUAUUCUCAGUGACGGUGUGUUCAGCCCUUACAACCUGCAGUGUGUUGACGUCCCCAUCCUCAGCCAGGAGCAGUGUGAGGGCUCCUACCCUGGGAGGAUCACCAGCACCAUGCUGUGUGCUGGCUACCUGGAGGGAGGCAAGGAUGCAUGCCAGGGAGACUCUGGUGGGCCGCUGGUCUGCAAUGGGGAGCUGCAGGGCAUCGUGUCCUGGGGGAUUGGUUGUGCCCAGAAGGACCAACCUGGUGUCUACACCAAAGUCUGCUCCCUGCUGUCCUGGAUCCAGAGCACCAUGGCUGCCAACUAGCUCAGAAAGGACGCUUCGCAUCUGGGAACACAGAGCCGCUCAGCUCCGCUGGGCCCAGGCGAAGGGAAGAGCUGGGAGGUUCGCUGCCACUGUGAUCCCUAGCUAGCGCGGGUGCAAGAGAUGGCAAUAAAUCA